CAGUUUGGGUCACAAGCGGCGCGCGUCGUGUGCUGGAGUGCUGCGAGAAAUAUAAAUAAUUAUUAUAUGUUUUAUAAGCAAUAGCGCAGUGUCAUAAUGCCCACAAUACGCGUGUGCCUGCAAUGGACUGCGGUGGUUUUCAAUACAAUCACUUUGAGCAUUGGCAUCCUGGCCGCGCUGGCUGGUGUCUAUGAGCUGGAUCGCUAUGACGAGGGCUCCGCGGAGCAUCUCCAGAAAUUUGUGCAGCUGGGCAUGGCGGGCACACUCAUCCUGGCGGCGCUCAUUGGCUGUCUCGGUGCCUUUCUGGGCUCCAUCAAGGUGCUGGUGAUGCACCUCACGCUGCUGGGCAUUUUGAUUGUCUCGCACGUCUGGAAGCUGGCGCACUACAAUGAGACGAAGCAGCUGGAUGCCACGGAGGUGUACGUCAUGUCGCUGUGGAUGGAGGAGCUGGUGCACCAAGGCGCCAUGCAGCAGCUACAGCGAGAGUUUGAGUGCUGCGGCAGCAAGGGCUUUGGCGACUACACGAGCUUGAACAUCAAGGUGCCCAGCAGCUGUUUUCACACCAAGGAUGGUCUGCACGCGCUGCAUCCCUAUGCCGAGGGCUGCAUGGCGGCCGUGAAGCGUUCCUUUCUCGAGAUCUAUCGCUACGAGAUGUGGGCACACUGUGGACUCAUUGGCUAUGAGCUUGUGGGCAUCAUUUUGGGCAUCACGCUGUGCUGUCAGCUGACCAACAAGACACGUCGCUAUGCCUACUGAUGCCCCCCACACACACACGCACACACAUUUUUACUGCAUUUUCAUAAAUAAUAAACGAA